GAGGGGCGGCAGCGGGCAGACGGAUGCCAGAAUGUGACUAUCAGCAGAGGGAUUUGGAGUAUUGGUGACCAUGCAGGUGGAAAGAACACCUGAAAUAAACCGAUGAAGAGGGUGGAAACAAGGCGGCUGUGGAUGCAGAUAACGACAGAACGCAACAACUAUCAGUGUGAUUUACAGUCCGGUCGGCGUUGGUGUUGUUGGUGGCGGAUUAAUAACCAGUCAUAAAGAGGUGGGAGGAGGAUUGUGUGUUGCAGGAGGACGAGAGUGAAGCGACUGAUAGAGGGAGGAAGAGAGAGAGGGAGUGUGCAAAAGAGAGAGAGAGGGGAGUAAAUAAAACCAUAGCCGGGAUCAUGAGCUCCGCACUGUCUUACGACUCGCUGUCAGCCCGGCCAAGUCCCUGCAGAAGAGCUCUGGACUGGGAGCGUGAGCAGCUAGCUGUCCGUCGACUGUCUUCUCCACGAGGUCUCGACCUGCUCACUCCUCCUCCUCUUCCUCGUCGACCCUCGACCAUCCCUGGAUACCUGCUGCCUCCGUACCAGGAGCAAGAGGAGCAGCUUCACCAACAACACCAGCAGCAGCGUCUAUCCCUGUCCGUUGGCUCAGAGGCCUCGCUGGCGCCCCCCGCACCUCCACCUGUGGGCGUCGCCCCACCCUGCUGCCGUCCGGUGGGAGUCAUGCACCUCCUGCGUCUGGGGCUCCUGGCCUUCAGCUGCCUCUUCUGGGCAGCUGGUUUAGCCAUCUUUACCCUGGGUGUCUGGGCUCAGAUCUCUCUGGCGGACUACAUGCUGCUGUCUGCCAACCGCUACCCCAAUGCCCCGCUCAUCCUCCUGUCUACAGGGGCUGCCGUCACUGCUUGGGGCUUCCUGGGUUGUCUAGGGGUCGCUGCAAACCUGCCCUGUGUGCUGAGGGCUUAUGGGUUCUUCCAACUUGCUGCACUUAUAGCUGGUUUGGCAGCUGGACUCUCGGGCCUCUUCUACCGUGAGGACAUCGCAGGAGGAUUUCGCAGCGGUUUACAGCGAGCAGUGGCAGGUUACACGGAGGAUGAAGGCCGUGCCGACGCUCUAGACAGCCUGCAGAGGGCCCUGGAGUGUUGCGGGGCUGACGGUUGGCGUGACUGGCUCACGUCGGACUGGGCGAUCCAACAUAUGUCCUUCCUGCCCUCUGAGAAUGGCACCUCGGUGUCCCUGCCAGACAGCUGUUGCAUGAGGCGCAAAGGUUGCAAGAACCGGCCUCUUCUGUCAGAUGAUAUUGAAGGAGUAGCUGCUGCAAGAAUCCAUCCACAUGGCUGCUUCCGCAAGGUCUUCAGCUUGGUCAAUGACAACGUCUUCCACAUUGCUGCCACCGUGUUGGGAUUAGCAUUCUUGCAGAUCGGAGGCAUUGCCCUGGCUUGUCUACUGGCCAACAAACUGACACCCAGACAGCACCGACGAGUCGUAGCACAUUGAUAGCCAGUCUAGAAAACUUACUCAGUAUCUCUGGGGAUUGGCCAAUCUGUAGAUAAACAGGAAGUGGAAUGAGCAGUGUAAUAUAGUUGUGAGGCGGGGCGAGCUGUUAUUGGUGUAUUUGAGGUUUCUGAAAGAAAAAUUUUAUAUUCACUUAUUUAGGCAUUCAAAGGUUCACAUAGCUGUAAAACUCUCCGAAAGAAUAUCAGCAAACAAACCCUGAAUCCGAUUUGUGACACAUGGUUUUCUGACAAGCCUGUCUACAUAAAACACAAGGAAAUAAUUCUACUACAACUUCUGAUGAGUAUUUCUUUAAGAAGCAUUAAACUGCAGAGAUUUAAAGCUAAUGUUUUUCAGAAAGUUGAUCUGCAGUUUAAAUGAAUGCUCUUUCUUUCCUCUGUUACACUCAGUGGUCUGAGCCUGAAUCCACUAUGGUACAAUAAUGACAUUUUUUUUCUUACAUUCAGCAUGGACAGAAAGUUUCUCCUUGGUUUAUCUUUUGUUUGUUACAACCGAAAAGAUUGUAUGUUUUUGUUUUUUUUUUUUUUUAAAAACUGGAGUUGCACCAGAUUGAGCACCAAACUUUCAGUCUCACCAAAUGGUAGUACAAUGAGACUUUGAUUUUUCUUCCUUUUCAGUGUAUGGAUUGUUUCAUUAAUUGCAUGAAAUAAUGUGCUGCUCUAUAUAUAAUGUAUAUAAAAAUAUUCUGAUUGUAAUAUUUUCAAGUCAUUUGAUCUUCUUUUAGUACAUCUCGGCACUGAAUGCACAGGAAUGUUCACCAGCACUUUUCCAAGUAGAUUAUUUAGUCUGGCAGUAACAGAUGUUUGUAUCUACAUCAUUUAGUUUUCCCAUCACAAAGACUACACUGUGUUCGAAUGGUGCUUUUAAACAGCCUUUGAAAACAGCUUUAUGUAUCGCUGUCUGGUAUUUUGUGCUGUUUAGACAGCUGACAGACUGUAGUAGUAGUAGUAGUUUCCACUGUGUAGAGUGCUUUGGUGAGAUAUUUUGUAAAAUUAUGACUGCUUUGAAACAGUUUCAUACAGAUAUUAGUGUGUUGUGUGUUGUUGGAUGUUUUGAAGCACAUCACUGUAAUGUAUGAAAAACAUUUUUGGAAAUAUUGAGUUGUAUUGCAUGACCCAGAAAAUGUGUAGCCUAUUAGUAGCAUGAAACAUCAAGAAGUCUGGAGUUUUCUCACCUCAAGUUGGCAUACGGUACAUAAAGAGUUACCAUUAGGGGAAAAAUCUUUAUUGCUAUUUCUAUUUGAGAAACAGAUUAAAGUAUUGAUUUUUCACUUUUAAUUUUCAUCUCCAUAUGCUAAAUAGGAUGCUACAACCAGACGAUAGUCUAGCUAAUAAGCUAAUUAGCUAAUUUCUGCACACAAAAGCUACAACCAGCGGUUUGCAGUCUUUAUGCUAGGCUAAACUAGUUAGCAUAGUCUAGCAUAAAGACUGCUGGGUGUAUUUCUCAAAACUACAAAUGCUGAAAUGUUUUGUCUCAUAUGAACUUGUUUUUGUACAUAUUUUAGGAUAACUAUGCAUUGAAAUCACACAAAUGAUCCUAAACCUUCCUUCCAGCCUCCUCACCGUACAUUUUUCAUGUUUUGGUUAGGCCUUAUUAUUGCUUGUGUAAUUGUAACAUAUGAUAUACAUCCCAAACACAGUAAUGUAUAAUAUAUGGUAAUAAUAACCAACAGAGCAAGCAAGCAUGACUGAGACUGUAAACUAUAUGUUGAAAAUAAACAAAAGAUCUCACCACAGGAUUUGAUAUUGAUUAUAAACUGGGAAUGGCAAUGUCAAGGUCUGCUGCCCUUGAAUAUUAAAAUGGCAACAGCAACCUUGUAAUAUAUUGUUGAUGGAGGGAAACAACAUGCGAUGUGGUACAGUGCUGAUCAGAAUCAUAUCUAAUAAACAUCUUGUGAAGCAUU